AUGUCCACUACCAAUCCAUGCCCCUACUGUCCCGAUCGUCGUCCCUUCGAGCGUCAGCAGCCCAUGCACAUCCCCGAGGGCACCCACCUUACCUACGCCGAGAGGCGCGUCCUUGAGCAGAGGUAUCCUGGUGAAGCGAUGGAGACGCAGUACUCGUCACGCCCGACAGACAAGCGCAGCCGCUUCACGCUAGCAGAACAAGAGAGGAUCCGACGAAUCCAUUCGGACCAAAGGGCAAUGAGGUUCGAGGUAGUGCCCGAACAGCCCGGUCAUCCGAUGGACAUCAACAAGCCGCUGCCGCCCCGACCUUUACAGGUGCCUUCUCGCUCGCUGGAGCAGUCAGAGUCGUCGCAGGGUUUCGAGACUCGUACGCAGAGCCAGAGGGUCGCAACCUCGCAGAGAGGCGCGGAGCAGGUUCGAAUGUCCCACAAGACACCCGCAAAGGAUUCAUGCUAUGUGGAGAUGCCGCAGACCUUACAGAUACCAUCCAAAGCGGACCCUCAGUCGAGCAUUGGACAUCCUCGCGGUACAAAUCCGGCCACGGCCCAAGGACCGUGGCUCAACAUAGCUCCGCCGCCAAAUACCCGUCGACCGCGCAAAAAGCAGGCUCAGGGCACGUCUCGCAACAGGUCAUGGAAGAGCGGUAUGCUGGGCGAGACGUUGCGCGGCGGUUCCUCGAAAGCGUCAGACCCGGAUUCAGACUCAGAGUCGUUCGUCUCAGCCGAUGCACUAUGUAUCGAGCAGCAACAUUCUCAGAAACAACGACUUUACGACGUGGACCUGACAAAUGAAACGCCCAGGAGAGGUACAAGAAACCAUCUGCUGAAGAAGAAGAAUCAACGCAGGUAA